CGAGGAGCUUAAGAAAAGACUGACAACUGCACCAGUACUAACACUUCCUUCGGGAACUGAUGGAUUUGAAAUCUAUUGCGAUGCAUCCAAGAAUGGACUGGGCUGCGUGCUGAUGCAGAAUGGGAAGGUAGUAGCUUAUGCAUCCCGACAACUAAGGGUGCAUGAGGUUAACUACCCAACCCACGACCUCGAGUUAGCAGCGAUAGUGUUUGCUUUGAAGAUAUGGAGGCACUACUUGUACGGACCACCGUGCAAGAUAUACACCGAUCACAAAAGCCUUAAGUACAUCUUCACCCAAAAAGAGCUCAAUAUGCGACAACGGAGGUGGCUAGAGCUAGUCAAAGACUAUGAUCUCGAAAUUCAGUACCAUGAAGGGAAAGCCAAUGUUGUAGCUGAUGCCUUAAGCAGGAAGGCAGAACAUAGCAGCAGAGCAAUGUGGAUACUUCCAGAAGAGCUAUAUCAGGAAUUCCAACGACUAGACUUGGAGGUGAAGGAGUGCGGUGAAGUGGAGAGUGAAAUCCGGUUGUACACAAUGACCAUUUUACCCUCUAUCUUCGAUGAAAUCAAAGUUGGUCAACCGGGAGAUGUGAAGCUUGAACGAGUCAAGACCGGGAUGAAGAAUGGGAUCAACGGACCAUUUCAGCUGCAUGAAGAUGGGAGUAUCCGCUAUAAGGGUAGGUGGUGUGUUCCGAUGAAAUGUGAGCACAUUAAAAAGCAAAUCAUGGAAGAAGGACACAACACGCCCUAUUCGGUACACCCGGGAGGAGACAAAUUGUAUAAAGAUCUGAAGCAAAACUUCUGGUGGCCGAGAAUGAAGAAUGAGGUGGCAGAGUUCGUGGCUCGAUGCUUAAACUGUCAAAAAGUGAAAGCUGAGAGAUGCAAGCCCAAGGGACUUGUGCAACCCUUAGAGGUACCAACGUGGAAGUGGGACUCAAUCUCGAUGGACUUUGUCGGGGGAUUACCUUUAACAAAGUCCGGGAAGGAUAAGAUUUGGGUUAUUGUUGAUAGAUUGACCAAGACCGCCAGAUUCAUUCCCAUGAAUGAAACUUGGAGUAUGGAUAAGCUGGCGAAAGCCUACAUUAGGCAUGUGGUCAAGUAUCACGGUGUACCCCGAGAUAUUGUAUCUGAUAGAGAUUCACGAUUCUUAUCCCAAUUCUGGAAGGAAUUACAAACGGCUAUGGGGACAAAAUUGAAGUUAAGUACUGCCUUCCAUCCAACCACGGACGGACAAACCGAAAGAACAAUCCAAACAUUGGAAGACAUGUUGAGGGCAUGUGUUCUUGACUUGCAAGGAUCAUGGGAUGAGCACCUAGACUUGAUAGAGUUUUCGUACAAUAACAGUUACCAUACUAGCAUCGGAAUGGCCCCGUACGAAGCUCUAUACGGUCAAAAGUGUAGAAGUCCCUUAUGUUGGGGUGACAUGGUCGAUCAGGUGGUUCUAGGACCACAAUACUUGCAAGAUACUAUUGAGAAAAUCAAAGUCAUCCAAGAAAGGAUGAAGGCUGCCCAAGACCGACAGAAAUCAUAUGCCGAUCUCGGGAGAAAACCAGCCGAAUUUGAACAGGG